AUGUCUGAUCGUUUAACACAAUUACAAGACGUCGUUAAUCAAUUAGCCGAUCAUUUAUGUAAUGCCACAGGUGUUUUACAGAACACCGCUCGUCCAAGUCCAUUUUUAAACUUUGAUCGUAGUGGUUUACCCGAAAGAAAUCAAUUGCAACCGGAAUCUGAUUAUUCACGUUUGUUUUCAACAUUAAUAACUCGAACAGCAACAGAAUUAAUUGCACUCAUUGACUCUUUACCCUCUGUGCCUUCUUCAACAACAACAACAACGACUACCACCAUGCCGUCGUUACAACAACAACAAUUAGAACUCUUAGAAGCCGAGAAUCAUUUGGCAACAAAAAAAUUAGAAGAAACAACGCAAUUAGCGGAAUAUUUAUUAGAAAAAGUGCAAACAUGCCUUCAAUCAUUAUCACAUGGAAUACUCGAUGAAAGAAAAAAAUAUCAAGACACAGAGAAAUAG